AUGGUGGCUGAUUCAGCUACGGCUACCUCUUCAGGAUCAUCAGAGAUGUUAUCGUCGGAAUUCGACGCAUUUGUCUUUCCUGUCCUUGCACUGAUGCUUGGACUUAUCUUGGACGAAGUAAAUAAACGUAUUAGUUUUCUUGGAAUACCGGAUACGAUUUUGCAGUUUGUGAUUGCAUUGUGUGCCAGUGUGGCCAUGACUAAAUUCCUACCAGCGGAUGUUGUCAAAAGCCUGUCAAGUCGUUAUUCUUGGGUAUCCCUAGAUCCACAGACUUUGAUGACGGUUAUGCUACCACCUCUACUCUUCGAAUCCGCGUUCAAAAUGAACUCUCAUACGUUUUUUGCGAGAGUACGGCUUAUUGUAUGUCUUACGGCUGUCGUAUACUUUAGCACUCUCGUUGUUGCCUCAGCCUUCAUGAUUCCUAUCCUGGCUCAAACGCAGCAAUUCAGCAUUUCUACGGUAUUCCUAUUCAAUGCAAUUCUCGUUUCCACUGAUGCUGUUGCUGUGGGAGCCAUUCUUGAACAGUACGGUGCACCUCAUAGUCUACGAAUCUUGAUCGAAGGCGAAUCACUCCUCAAUGAUGGAUUGUCUUUGACUACAUAUCGUUUUCUAGUCGAUAUUCUUGAGGUGGAAAUUGGUGUAGUGGACAAAAUUUCUUAUUCACAUCAAUUCCUUUCCUUGUUUAUGAAUGUAUUUGCUUCUCCACUCAUUGGCGCUGUCGGUGCGAAAGUAGUAGCUUGGAUAAUAUCGAAACUGAAAGAAAAUAAGAAGAGACAGGCAUUCAUCUUAGUGUCAGUUUAUGGUAUUUUUAUACUUUGCGAAAAAUGCUCUGGCUCUCCGGCACUUGGUCUAGUUGUGUUUGGAAUUAUGUUGAACUCAUACAGAGAAAGUUUUGCCCCGGAAACAACAGAAAUGGCUCUUGAAUUGUGGGCAGCAAUGGGUUACUGGGCAAACAAUGUGAUUUUUAUAUUUGCGGGUUUUUGCGUAGGUACUGGAAUGUUUACUGGCACUGAUGAAAACUUGAAUUAUUUGGAGAUCGAUUAUGAAGACCUUUCCAUAUUUGUGGAAGGAAUGCUAUUAGCGCCAAUGUUGCUAUUUUCCAGGAUAGCAUCAGUAUAUUUGUUUUACAAGUAUUUAUCGCUGUUGUCAACACAACCUCUGCCACCCAGAAGAGAUUUUGUAAUACUUGCAUAUGGUGGCUUAAGAGGAGCUCUUGGACUAAUGUUAGCUAUGGAACUACAUAGAAAAGUCAAUAAGACAUUCACGAAGAGGCUUUUGCACCUUACAUGCUCUGCUACAUUUAUAAGCCUUGUCUUCCAAGGAAUGACAUUCUCGGCAUUGGCCAAAAAAGAAGGCACCACGAAGCGCUCCAAGUAUGUUAAGGACACGUGUGUUCGUCUGUCCCGAUUCCUGGAUGUAAAAAUCAGGGAAGCUCUUCAUGUGAUGAAAAGUGAUGUAAGCUCUUGCCUUGCUGGCGCACACUGGAAGGUUGUUGAAACUCAAGUCAGAGAAUGCUUAGAAAAGAAUGCUACUGCAAUGGAAAAUGAGAUGCUGCAACAACAAGAAUACAGCCAGGAUGAGACGUCUGAUGAUGAGCAAACUCGAAAGAGUGAGGUUAGCACCGACAUGAUUGACGCUAGAGUCGGCUUGUAUGGAAUCCUUUUAGCAAGGGUACACGAUGCAUGGGCUCGAGGUGUCAUUGCGGGAAAAACUGCCCGGGUCAUAACAGCAAUAAUGGAGCACGGAAUUGACGAAGGCAAAAUUAGUGCUGAUGAUGUGGAACAUCACUUGAAGAUAAUUGAGCUCAACUGCUUUACAAAAUUUAUGUACAAAAUCUCCGAAGUCCUUUUUAGAUUGGUGAAAAUGCUCUUUUAUCCACAAAAAAGUCGAUUGCCGUCAAGUAUGUUUCUGAAAGAAAUCUUGAAAGAUGGUGGAUCUUUCAAACUGGAGUUAUGUGUGGUUACAGCAUACUUCUUGCUUUCGCAAACUACGACAAAUGAAAUGCCGUUUACUACGAUUUUUCACCUUCCUGGCUAUCCUAUUUUCCACUGUGUAUAUGAUCACAAGGAUGACACCACUUCUUGUCGUUGUUAUAAGAGAGCACUGCAUCGAAAUGAUGGUAGGAUUUCAUUUGAUGUCAAAAUAGAACUUUGCUACGCUUCUUGA